CAGCGGGCGCUUCCGGUUUCUGUGGGCGGUUCCGUUCCGCCGCGUUUCGCUUUCGUUUGGCGGCGGCUCCGCCCCGUGCGGCCAUGGGGGACGUUCCGGGGCCGGGGCUCGGCUUCGCUCCCUUUGCGGUGCCGGGUUGGUUCUGCCCCGAAUCCGACGGGGAGGAGGUGGAGGAGGAAGAGCGCUUUAUCCCGACCUACGGCCGCCCCCCGUUCGCUUUCUAUGGGCCGUACGGCGAUCCGCUGCUCGUCCCUCCGCGCGGCUUUACGGACGCGGAUGCGGAGCCGCGCGGGCUGAGCGCGGCGCGGAGGCACCGCAUUACGGCCGAGGAAGCGGAGAAGAACGCAAUGGAGCUGCUGGCCGAAGAGGAGAGAAUGAAGAAGAAAGCAGAGAGGAAGAAACUGAAGAAGAAGAAGCAAAAAGACCGGAGGAAACAAGAGAAGUUGGAACAGGAGCUGAGGAGCAGGCAGGCGGCCGCGUCGAGCACCGCAUCCCCGGCCAGUGCUGCGGGUGCUGCUCAUGGGGACGCCAGCAGUGCUGAGGAGGAGAGCGGCUGCCUGGCCUCCAGCCCCCCUCAGCGCCUCCAGGAUCGUGCAGAGGAGGGAGUGGGGGAUCUGGAAGGGAUAGAGGAUGAACUGGAUUUGAGUUGCACCUUUGUCAUCAAAGCAUGGCAGAAAGCGGGCGUGAAGCCGCCAGCACCUGCAAAGGAUAAAUCAGUCAGAACUGAUGCUGCAGAGCCCAACAGGAGGCUGCAGGAGGGGGCACCCGAGCCCCCACUGCCCCGCACGGCUGCCCCACAGGCACCCAAGCCCGAGCCUGCGCUCUUGGACACAAACAUGUUGGAGCAGAGCCUGAUUCUUGCAGGCUGUGGCUACCAGGCUGCCGUGCAGGGCCGCUACACAGAGGCUGUGCAGGCCUUCACCGAGGCCAUAAAGCUGAACCCCAGGGAGCACCGGUGAGCGGUGGGCUGCGGGGGGG